CGUAUGAUUCAGGCGCACAAAUUGAACUCUCUUAUUCGAAAUAAGAGAAAAACGAAAGUCAGCAAACAAAAAAGAAAAACACAAAAUAGAGAGCCACCAAACUUUCGAAUAUAUUAAUCUUUACGACACUGAUUAUUUUACAACACUUGCCUAUAAAAGACAAGGAGGUUUGAGCAGGUGGCACUUUUAGUCAUACAAAAGCACUAUUAAGAGGUUUCACCAUGGAUUUCAACACUGCUACCGAAAAAGCGAAAGCCUUCAGCAAACGCCCAACCGAUGAAGAGUUCUUGGAAUUAUACGGCCUUUACAAGCAGUCCACCGUUGGUGAUGUGAACGUUGAACGUCCUGGUGCAUUAGACUUGAAGGGCAAGGCCAAAUGGGAUUCAUGGAACAAACACAAGGGUUUGUCCAAGGAAGAGGCACAAAAGGCUUACAUUGCUAUCUAUGAAAAAUAUGCACCCAAAUACGCUUAAUUGAAGAACUCAGGGAUAAAUUAUAGAUUUUUUAAUUUUGUAAAAAUUUCAAAACUUUUUUCAGUUCUCAAAAAAAUUACACAGAUUAGGCGGUGACUUUAUAUUUAAAAUAGUUUUAGUUUUGGAAGCUGAUUUCAUAUAGCUGCUAGAGUUUAAUAAGAAAGAAGGAUAUGUGUAAAAAAAUCAAUUUUCAAUGCAAUGGAAAUCAGCUGUGUGAAUACUUGGCUAUAAGAUCUUCAAAAACGAAGGUUUUCUGAAACAUUACAAGGAUUGGAUAAAACCUUGUUGAAGAAUACAGAUCAAACAGAUAAAAGCUGCGUUACAGUCAGAUUAUUAGAGUUUGUUGUGCUUAUUGGGGGAAGGUUACAAAUAAUAAAAUUUCUCUAGAGAACGUCGUGCUCUGAUUUAUCUAAAUAUCGUUUUUAUCAACCGAUUUGCCUCAUAUUCGAAAUAUAAUAUUGUUUCGCCUUCGAUACGCCUUUCUUACCCGCUAAAAGACAGUCCUGAACAGAGAAAUCUAACUCUUUCUAGAUCGUUAAUUAAUAAGUUAAUCUCUCAUUGUUCAAAUAUAUAAUAGUUUUCAGAAUGUUCUUCAUAUAUACUUAAUCUUAAAACAGCUUUGUUUGGACUAACUUUUAUACAUUCUUUUGUUGUUUGUUGUUGUAUCAAAGAUUCUCAAAAUAGUUUUCGAAAACACUGCCAACAGAAAAGACUUUGGUCGGAUCGCAGGCCAGGUAUAUUUCUUUUAAGUGAAACCGACUCUCAUAGGCACGGACUUUGGGCACAAAGUAAAUUAUAUAGAUUAAUGAAAAGUUUAUCUAAAUUAAAAAAUCUAAACUCAAAUAAAACUUACCGCGACAUUUCGCCUUUACUUUU